CUUGGGGGUGGAUCAAGAGUGGGAGACAGAAGAGGGGAGGAGUCACUGAUUGAGGCUAAUAAAUAAAGGGCCCCUCUUCUUCAGUCCAGGGUCCAGGACGCUGGGAGAGCUGCCCCUUCAGGCAAGAGCUACAGGCUGGCGGGGAAGUGACAGCUUAGCAACCCAGAAUCUCCAGCUGCCCUCAGUGGGAAGAGAGGAAGGAAGACACAGAGAGAGAGACAGUGAGAAAUUCCUCCCUGCACUGGCACAAUGCGCACUCUCAUCAUCCUUAUGGUCCUGGCUAUCUUGGUGAUGGCUACUACUUGCUAUGAGUCCCGUGAGAGCAUGGAAUCCCAUGAGUAUUUCAGACCCUUCAUCAACAGGCGAAGUGCCUAUGACUUCAUACAAGCUCAUGCAAGACUACAAGCCAUCUCUCAGGAGAGGAUCAGGGAGCGUAAUAAGGCGCCACAGGAACUUCGGAGGGAGAUCUGUGAGGACUACUACCCCUGUGAUCCUGCUUCUCUCCAUGGCUAUCCUUCUGCUUACAGGCACUAUCUUGAGAGGAGGAGGACUAAGUAAUGGAUGACCUGUCCCCAGCCUGAGGCCUGGAGCCCACAGCAUCCUCCCAAAACAUGCAAUGGCUCUGAAACAUAUUUAGUUGCUCAUGUCCCUGUAUGUUAUCCUGCCCGCUGCUUCACUCCCAUCUAGCCAUGGAUUCCUACACUGUGUUAAUUAGCCCUGAGCUGAUGUAGCAGAGAUCAGAAAGAGUUCAGGAUGUGGGUAUUUACUACACAAUAAAUUGCUGGUUUGAUACUA